UUCGUGGAUGCGGGUCUUCAAGUCACUUCUGCGGCGAUAAGUGAACUCUGAGCCGGCGGCGAAGUGUGAAAGUUUGGAGCAGUCACGCAACCCGACAGCUAGCUUCCGCGGCUAGCCCCCCCGCUAGCUAGCCUCCUCCGCUAACUAGCAUGGAGGGCAGCGGCCACACGGCGAGCGAGGAGCGGGGAGCCGAGAAGCUCAUGGACGACUACCUGAGAUCCAUCGGCCUUCACCGGAAGAGAAUCGCCAAGGACGGGUCGUGUUUGUUCCGGGCUGUGGCCGAGCAGGUUCUGCACUGUCAAAGCCUUCAUACUAAAGUUCGUGCCAAAUGCGUGGAGUUCCUGAAGCAGAACAGAGGAAACUACGAGGCGUUCAUCGAGGGAGACUUUGAGCAGUACCUGUGUAAACUUCAGGAUCCUCAGCAAUGGGUCGGAGAGGUGGAGAUCAACGCUCUGGCCGCCAUCUACAAGAAAGACUUCCAGAUCUUCCAGGAGCCCGGCAAACCUCCGGUCAACAUCACAGACAACAACUUCAAGGACAAGGUGCGGUUGUGUUUUCUGAACGGGAAUCACUACGACAGCGUUUAUCCGACCAGUCGCAUCAAGAACGCAGCUCUCUGUCAGUCCAUCGUGUACGAGAUGCUGUACGAAGACGUGUUCAAGGUCGACCACGGCGCUCUGGGUCUGAGGGCCGGCCGACCCGUCGACUUCCUGAGUGACGACAGCAUGGCCGCCUGCGCCAGCAGCGACGGCUCCGACCUGGAAACAGACGAGCCGCUCUGGUUGGACAAUGGAACGAGCACUUCUACAAAACCCAACAACCAGAGCCACAGGGGUCGUGGGCGUGGUCGGCAGCUCCCUGAGAGAGUGAGACGUUCACUGAACCCGAUGCUGCUGAGGAACGUGGAGUUUGACGUCUGGAACAACAGCAAGAGAGCUCAACAGAAGAUGGAUUACUGCAUUGCUGCUGCGAUGCAGUACACUGUGGGAGACCGCUGCCAAGUUCGCCUUGAGGGAACCGGACGCACUUACAGCGCAACCGUCAAGGAAGUUCCUCCCAACGAAAACCUGGUGAUAGUUCACAUAGAAGAACUGGGCAAGAGAUCGGUUCCUCUGUGGAGUCUGCGUCCGCCCGCUGCUGCUGAGAACAGCUGGUGCACAGUCGUCAACAAAGACAAGCGGCUCAGUAACGGAAGCGGAGAUUGGGAGGAGAGGGGUAAAGGCCGAGGCCGGGGGAAGCCCGUCCCGCCGCCCGCUGCGGUGUCCCAGGCAACGUCCCCGGGCUCCAGUGGGCGUGUGCUGAAGCAGCACUCGUGGCCCCCGCAGGCCACCGUAGAGGAGCAGGGGGGGGCCAAACCCAGCAGAAAGUCUGGGAGCCUGUCGGACUUCGGUCUGACCGAGAAGGAGCGCACGGCCAAGGAGGAGGAGGAGAGAAACGUGGCGCUGGUUGAGAUCCAGCUCCGAGACGAACACAGCUUCCCCGCCCUUGGCACCGGGUCGCAGGUCGAUGGAGGGAAGAAGAAGGGAACAGAGAAGAGACUAUCCCAGAGGAACAAGACGAGUCCAAUUGAAGAAAUCCGAGCAGAUUCGCCCUCUGCUGGUGAAAGACCCAAAUCCAGCACCCCCCCACCUAUCAGCACUACAGUCACCACUGCACCUUCUACACCCACCACCCCCAACCUGCCUGCUGCUAAACCUGCUGCCUCUCCAUCUUCAACCUGUAGCUCCACAAGCACAACCGCCUCACCCUCAGGCUCCGCCCCUGGCCUGACACCCACCUGUGCUGCCCCGACGACUAAAACAAACGCACCCUCUCUCCAUCCAGCCGCUCGAGUCUCAACAGGUUCUGCUCCUCCUGCUGCUGCCCCGAGCGCUAAACCCUGUGUGACGGGUGGAGCUCCGUCUCAGUCGGUCCCGUGCUCUGCCGCCAUCUUCUCCUUCCACACCCCGGUUCUCCCCACUGCUUCAGCCGCACUCUCCUCCUCUUCCUCAGUGCCUCCUAAAUCGACUGUCUCCCCUCCUCCUCCCUCCUCAAUACCACCUCCCACCUUCAUUGCUCCCAUUGCUCCCUCUCCUGCUCAGGGCUUCCUCCCUCCGUCCUCCCUCCACCGCUCUUCCCCACCCUUCUCCUCUCUCCCACACUCCCCCAGUCCACCUUCCUCUUCCUCCUCUCUUAUCCACCAUGCUGCUCAGGUCCGAGAGGCUCCAGCACAAAAACCUUUACCAAAUUCUGGAGGAAUUUCUGUGGCCAAACCUCAGACGUCCCUGAGCCCGGCCUCGUGGACCCAGGGAGACAUUCAAACACAGCCUGGUCUUCCCAAGCAUCAGCCUCAAAGUCAGGCUUCUCUGAUCCAGAGCCAAAUCCAGAUGCCCCAGAUGCAGAAGGAGAUCCAUCACCAACCUCAGCCCCUCACUGAAGUGCCUCAGACCCAGGCCCACCUCCCUCAGACCCAGGCCCACCUCCCUCAGACCCAGGCCCACCUCCCUCAGAACCAGACGUCUGUCCUCCCUCAGAACCAGGCCCACCUCCCUCAGACCCAGGCCCACCUCCCUCAGAACCAGGCCCACCUCCCUCAGAACCAGGCCCACCUCCCUCAGAACCAGGCCCACCUCCCUCAGAACCAGGUCUUCCUCCCUCAAACCCAGGCCCAUCUCCCUCAAACCCAAGCCUACCUCCCUCAGACCCAGAUGUCUGUCCCCCAGCACUCCUCCUCCCAGUCCCAGUCUGACAUGGUCCAUAUUCAGUCGUCUCAGCCACAUCCAGGAGCUUCCUACCUCCACACCUCCCAGGCCUCCAUCCCAGUCUCUACCUCUGGUUAUCUCCAGCUGUCUCACCCCCAGAGCCACCCGGCUCAGCCUCCUCACCCCUCCCAGCUCCCACAUCCCUCCCUCUGUAUCCCCGCCACACCAGCCCAUCCCUCACUCCAAACCCAGAAUCAUACCGAACCCCCACAGUACCCACCUCAGGCCGAGUCCCCGGCUCGACCUCCCUCCCAUCCGGGGCACCAUCCUCACCCCGCUCAUCACCCUCACUUCAUGUCUGCACCUCACCCCCAGUCCAUCCAAGGAGCUGUUCCUAUGCAGAACUUGUCCCAGCUCUUCCAGGACCCCCUGUACCCCGGUUUCCCCCAGGGACCGAAGGGAGACGUGGUCCCGACUCCACUCUGCUCCUUCAUCAAGUCGGGGGAAGACCUUCCCCAAGACGUCAACAUCUUGAGGUUUUUCUUCAACAUGGGCGUCAAGGCGUACUCCAUGCCCAUGUGCCCCCCCUACUUUUACCUCCUCCCCCUCCAACAGGCUCACACUAUGCAACCAAAGCUCCCCUCCCGCUCCCCCUCCCCUCAUUUCCCCCCCACCAGGCACCAGGAGCCAUACCCUCCCAACCAUCCGGCUUCAGUGCCGGCGCAGCAUCCUUACGGCCACCCAGCCGCACCCACUGAACCGCACCGUCCCAGUGAACCCUCCUUCAACCAGGCCGGCUACUCCGUGACCCAGCCCCCCUCCCACAGGAUGCCCUGCAACUCGCCGCAAUGGCAGCAGCACCCGAUGCCCCCACCCUCAACCUCCAGCUACCCUGUUGGGUAUCCUACGUCAACUUCACCAUACCAGCUUCCUCCUCCUUCUCAGGGGUACCACCCAGGUCAAGGCACAGGUCACCCGUUUUACCCCCCAACCAUGAGUCCAUACCCCCCCUCCCCGCUGGGAUACCAGUCCGCUUCCAACCCUGACGAGCUCCAGGUGAGUCAGGGGCCGAUGGAGCAGCUUCAGCCGACAAACGGAGAUGCACUGUCCGGGCCUGGACAAGUCCCGGGUCCUCUGGAUGGUUCUGCUGCUGCUAAUGUGGCUAAUGCUAACAACAACAGAAUAAUUGUUUCUUGUGUGAACAAUUUUGCACUGAAGGAGCAGGGAGAGAGCCAGAGGAGAACGGUCCUGCUGGUCGACCCGCCGCUCAACAACAGACCCAUACUCACUCUGGUCUCAAACUCUGACGACCCAGGCUCCAUGACGACCAUGAAGCCCAGCAGCACCCCAGUUACUCAUUCACCGUAUGGUACCAUCCCCAAGGCAACCGUCGCCGGCGACAACAACGCCAACCUCUAUCAGAGCCACCAAAAACAAUUUUACACCAACAAACCGUACGCCAGAGCGGGAGGACCGGAGCACGGCAAGGCGGGACAUCUGCAGACCACGCCCAUGCCGCAGGGUCAGUCCAUCGGCUGCAGCACAGAGGAUGACUGGGAGGAGAGGGAGGGAUUCAAACCGGCAAACCAGAAUCCCAGAGGGUCAAGGCGGAGCUACAGAGGAGGCCGAGGUCGGGCCGCAGGCUAUGAUGGAGGUAGGGGAGGACCGAGGAGGAGGCAGGGAGGAGAGGGCUUUAACCAGGGACAGUUUGGCCCCUCCCACCGUGGGCGAGGAUGGUGAUUCAAGCUCUCAGCCAAUGAGAGGACUGGAGUUUUUUUUGUUGCCUUAUUUACCUACUACUCGUUCUGAUCGCACUUUUUUUCUUGUUACCGCCUUGAGGUCUGAUUGAUGGGUUGGGCAAAUACACUUUGUUGUUCUGUGUUCGUUGCGUCAAAAUCUUCCAGCCGUCUGUUCAAAGAAACACUAUCAAGCUCACUAUUAGCUAGCGAAUUAGUAUAGAAUGUUAGCAAGGGCAAGUUUACAUUUUACAAAACCUUGAAAAAUGGAUUUAAGGAAAAUCAGUGUUUUUGUGUUGGGCUGCAAUGAUUCUUUUUUUUUUUUUUUUUAUAAAUAUAUAAUCUGUGAGUAAUUUGGUCCCGUUGCCUUUUGUCCGAAAAACAGAAAUCUCUCCCCAAAAUGGUUUCUAGUUCUUGUUCUGUCACUGCUAAUGGUUGCAACUCUUUUUUUCUUUUCUUUGUGGAUUUUAAAAAGGUUAGUAGUGCUGCGUAGAAUCUUCCGACACGUCGAAUUGACACUGGAUGAGAACAUCACACAUUUUUGUGCUCGGAAUUUAAGUUUGAUUAACGUCAAAUUUAUGCGCUUCUGCCGAGAUGAACUAGCAGUUCGAUAGCACAGACGGAAAACAGCCCCGGGUUCUGUCAUUAUUGCAAUUAAUGUGUCGGUUAAACAAACGGCUAGCUUAGUCUAACAUUAGCAAAAAAUGUAAACCUGCACAAAACCGAAGUUAAAAACACAAAAUGUAAUUUCUAUGCCUCUGCCGUUGCACUUAUUAAAUAUCUGAUGGAAUAUGGCUGCCUGUUUCUUGGUGUUUGUUGAUACUAAGCUAGCGAUUGUCUUACCUUAGCUUCAUAUUUAGCAGCGAGUAUUAUUCUCUUAUGACUCUCUGCAAAAAUCUAAAUUUCUAAAUUGUUUAACAAUUCCAUUAAUCAUAGGUGAUGCAGCUUAUCCACAAAGCACUCAACGUUCAAGACGACAAUUUGUCACUGUGUGUAAAAGUGUGACUAGAAACUUUGUAUUCAUAAUAUACAAAUAGUUUAUUAGGCUCUUCAGUGAGUAGCGUGGACCAAAAUAUAAACAGAUUAAAAUGGAUUAAACCAACAAAUUAUCGUACUUGACGACGGCCUUAAGAAAAUUUGUAUUGCUGCUAUAAAGUUUACGGCAACUGUAUGUGGACUUUGGAAUUUAGUUUUUAUUAAUUUGUGUUGCUGAUGGUUUCCCUCUGAAUAGUUUUAGUAUUUCUUUCUUCACCUUGCUGGGUUUAUUUUUGUUCUGAUUGACUGUAGAGAUUCAGUGCCUUACAUUUGUCACUUUUAACAAUCUUAAUUAUUUUUCUUCUGAGAUUGAGAAACACUGUUGUACAGAACAAAGGCUGUUUGUUUUCUGUGUGACCGAAUUAAUAAAUCUUUGGUUUAAAAAGGAAA